AUCUGCCGAUCAAAAAAUACAUGUGAAAAGAAUUCCUUUGAUCUCAGUCUCUCUCUCUCCUCCACCCAAGUAAUUUCCACACUUCCAACACUCCACAACCAAAACCCUACAACUUGUGGAAAGGAAGGAAAAUUUUGAAAAAAUUCUCUCCAAUUGUUUGGUUUGGACUUUGGAGAGAAAGAUGAGAGAAAAUUAAAAAAUCUAGGAUUGUGCACAGUACAAUUUCCCUUUCAUUUUUCUCCAUUUUCCUUUCUCCUCUUCUCUCCCAUUUUCUUCAAGUUCCAAACAAAGCAUUCCGAAAAUGCCAUCCAUGACGCCUGCAGACGUCGGAGGAGCUUUUCUCGGAGCCGUAUUCGGCCAAGUACUGAAAAUCGUCGAGGAAGUAACAAUCAAAUCCAUAGAAUUCAAGCCCCACUUGAAACGACUCCAAUUGACCCUAAACCAAAUCGCCCCAAUCAUCGAGGACAUCGAGAAGCUGGACCGGGUCCUCGACCGGCCCCCGAUCGAGACCAAGAUGCUCGCCGACAAGCUAGAGGAAGGCAAACGCCUCGUGCAAAAGUGCGCCAAGGUGCGCCGGUGGAACCUCUGCGCCAAGACCUUCUACGCCAAUAAGCUGAUCGCGUUCGACAAGUCGCUGGAGAGGUUGUUUAAUAUCGACGUGACGGCGCAGAUUUCGAGGGAUAGUAGGAAGAUUCAGGAGACGGUGAAUGUGAUUGAUGGGAGGUUGGAGAGGAUCGAGACGAGGGUGGGGGGAAGCGGAGGGGUUUGUAAAAGUAAUACUAAUGGGUUUGUUGGGUGCUGUUUGGUUCCGAAAGUUGGGGGGUUUGUGGUGGGGUUUGAGGAGCCGGUUAGGGAAGUGAAGGCGUUGCUGAUGAGUGGUGGAGAGCAGCAGGUGGUGGUGGUUUCGGCGCCGGGAGGGUGUGGGAAGACUACGCUGGCGAAGAUGGUGGGUCACGACGAGGAAAUUAAAGGGAUGUUCAAGGAUAACAUCUUCUUUGUCACUGCUCCGAAGGCACCAAGCCUCAAGGUCGUAAUUGAGAGCCUGUUUGAACAUAGUGGUGUUCAGGUGCCUGAGUUCCAGACGGAUGAAGACGCAGUCUAUCAAUUAGAACGCUAUCAAUUAGAACGCAUGCUGAAGCAGAUUGGACCUUAUCAUAUAUUGUUGGUCUUGGAUGAUGUAUGGUCUGGAUGGGAAUCACUUAUUGAGGAUUUGACGACUCAAAUCCCAGAAAUUAAGAUUUUGGUCACAUCCCGAUUUGUUUUUCCAAGAUUCGAGUCUACUUAUAAACUGAAACUGCUUGGCGAUAAAGAUGCCAUGGCUCUUUUCCGUCAUUCAGCAUUUCCAAAAGAUGGGAGGUCAUCCAUACCUGAUGAUCUUGUGGACAAGAUAGUGAGAGGCUGUGGAGGAUUCCCACUUGUUCUUGAAGUGGUUGGUCGGUCGCUCUAUGGAAAACCUAAGGAGAUCUGGAAGCGGACGCUGAAGCAGUGGUCUGAAAAAUCUAUUUUUUCUUCGGAGUCUAACAAUGAAAUUUUAAUCCGUCUCCAAACCAGCUUAAAUUCCUUGGAUGAAAUGUCCAAGGAGUGUUACCUGGACCUGGCUUCAUUUCCUGAAGAUCGAAGGAUCCCUGCCAUGGCACUUAUAGACAUGUGGGUGGGCCUGUAUAACCUAGAUGAAGAUGAUGAGGAGGCCAUUGCCAUUCUCCAUGAACUGUCCUUGCGGAGUCUGGUUGACCAAGUCGUUACAAGGAAAGAUGCAAGUGAUCACAGGAAAGAUGCAAGUGAGAUCAGUGGCUAUUAUAAUGAGCAUUUUGCGACCCAGCAUGAUCUACUUAGAGAGCUAGCUAUCCAUCAGUGUAGCCAAGAGCUCAUAGAGAACAGGAAAAGAUUGAUAAUUGAAAUAGAAGGCAAUGAUUUCCCCAGGUGGUGGAUUGAGCAAGGGCAGCAUUCCAUUUGUCCCCGCCUCGUGUCCAUAUCCACAGAUGAAAGGUUCUCCUCAAACUGGCAUGACAUGCAUCUACCGGAGGCUGAAGUUCUAGUGCUGAACAUCCAAACAAGGAACUACACUUUGCCCCAGUUCAUGGAGAAAAUGGACCAACUGAAGGUUUUAAUUAUCUCCAACUACGGUUUUUCCUCUUCUGAGAUACAGAACAUUCCUCUACUUGGUUAUUUAUCCAGCCUGAAGAGAAUCAGACUUGAGCAUGUUUUCAUCUCUUCCAUCAGUGAUUCCAUACUAAAACUGAGAAACUUGCAGAAGAUAUCCUUUAUCAUGUGUGAAAUUUCUGAGGCUUUUCGCAAAUGUACCAUCCAGAUCCCAGAUAUGUUGCCAUAUCUUUCCGAGAUUGUUAUUGACUACUGUAAUGAUUUAGUUGAAUUUCCAGCUUGUCUCUGUGAAAUCCGAUCUCUUAAGGAGCUCAGCAUCACUAACUGCCAUGAGCUAGUUACAAUUGCUGAAGAAUUUGAGAAGUUAGAAAAUUUAAAAGUGCUAAGGCUUCAUGCCUGUACAAAACUGUUAGAGGUGCCAGAGACGAUUGGAAGCCUCAAGAAACUGGUCUUUCUUGAUAUAGCUGACUGUAUAAGCAUGAGCAAAUUGCCAGGACGAAUUGGUGAUUUAUGUGGUCUAAGAAAUAUCCACAUGAGAGGUUGUCAGGGAUUGUCUGAGUUGCCAUUGUCUGUAAAGGGUCUUGAGAAACUGAAGAAUGUGACAUGUGAUGAAGAAACUGGCUGUCUGUGGCAGCAGUUUAAGGAUUAUCUCGACGAUUUAGAGAUACAUGUGCAUAAAGAAGAUGUCAACUUAGAUUGGCUGUAUUAAGAGAUAUAUGUAAUGUGUUAGUGAGUGGGGGCAUCUUGGUCUUUGUGUAUCUUGUACUCUGACACUAAAUAUCAAUUCUAUAUUUGAGUUCGGGUGAACUGACACCGUAA